AUAAGGGGGAUUGCAGUCGUCACAGCCAUGGACCACCCCUUUGACGAGCGGAUGAUGGGAAGACAGGAGACCACAAGAGGAAUAAUUCGCACUUGUUUGCAGAAGAGGAGUGGACGGAACAACCGACAGGCGGAGUGUGGUGGCAUAUCACAGCAAAGAAAACUACAGCCGAUGCUGCAGCCCUUUCAAACGGAUCAUACAGUGGAGGAGAUGGAGACGGUGAUUGCUGAACUCCCGAGGUUGAAAGCGCCAGGGAUAGAUGGUAUCCCGAUCGAACUGUACAAAAUGCUCCACCGCUUCUUUGCACCCCAUCUUGCUAGUGCUUUCAACGUGCGAGAGCUGGCAUUGGGAGUGGCAAAGGUAAUCAGGAGACUGGUGGCACGGUUCAUUUGGAAGCCUCGGGCCAAAGAUUCAGAGGGGUUUCUGUCCAAAGUGGCGAUGGACACACUAUGCUUCCCACGCCACAAAGGCGGGCUUGGUCUGACGGACCCUACUCGCAGGAACCAGGCCCAGUUAUGCAACUGGAUUAUCAAGAUUGCCAACAUGAAAACAAUGGAGCAGUGGGUAGCAAUUGCAGAGAGGAUCUUAAUGGGUGAGUGGGCUCUGAGCAGGCCACAAGAUGUGUGGGCCUGCUUUUUCAUACCAUCCUUCCGCAAGAGAAAGCUCAAGUCAGGAUUCUGGGAACCUAUUCGCCGAGCUUGGAACCGGUCACCCCCAGAUCAGCAGAAAUCCCCGGCCACUCAAGAAGAAGUGUUGAAUCAAUUGCUGUUUGAGAACCCGGCAAUCGUAGACCAAAGUAACCAGGUACUCGCUGCAGAUGGAUCCUCAGGCUCGUUCGGCCAGGCCUGGGUACGCAGAGGUGUGGUCCGGAUCUCUGAUCUCUGGUCAACUCUCCUGGGAGGCUGGAAACCGCUGGACGAAGUAAAACCGCUACUCAGGGGAUUACAGAGGGUAGAAGAGCACUGGGGACGGAUCAUCAGUGCCAUACCGCAGGAAUGGAAAGUAAUCCUAGGUCCAGAAGGUCUGGAUCCGGCAGGCACGUGGUACAUACCCAAGCAAGAAAGGGAAGAGGGGACGUUAUGGAAGGUGCUGGAAAUUCUUCCUAGCGGGUUCAGGAGGAUUGAGCGUUGGCGAUGCGAGGGUCCAGCGAACAUUCUCUCCCGAGUGGAGGAGGACACAACCCUGCUCUGGGACAACCCAGCACAGGCUCGAGUGUUGGAGGUCCGUGGGAAGAAACCAUCUGCCCUCAUCUCCACCUGGGUGGGCAGACUACCACUCAGCCAACUGUGUAUCGACCCUUCAGCCUGGAGUUGGGCACCCAAGCCGGAGGAUCAAGCAAGUCUGGGUCUGGGGGAAUACUCUGUGGCAGCAGGAUAUCAGCGACAACUCCACAAGCUGAAAACACCGGCGCAGGUGGACAUCCCGAGGUGGCAGGCAGUUUGGGAAGAGGAUUUGUCCAACGCAGCACCCAAGUUUGAAAAACUCUGGGAAGUACUGUCUACCCUCCCUAAUGGAAGCACGCCAGCAUCUUAUGGAUGCUGUCACUGAUGGUAUUCCCCUCAGCAGUAUGGCUAACGAACAGGGGAAUGAAGGUGAACUUGGCCU